GCGCAGAAGUUUCCAGGCUGAGGCAAGCCUUGGCCUCCAUCCAGGAAAAGGAGGCAGAGGAGGAGGGCGCGUUGGACGUGUUGCAGGCUCGAGAAAAGGAGCUUUCCAGCCAGCUGGGCAGGGCGAAGGUGCAGGCCAGCACGGUGCCAUCAUUUCUCCAGGAGGCCUCCGAGUCGCAUUCUCUGCGCCGCGUCAAGGCCAGCCUGGCCGCGGCGCAGCUCCGUGCCCGACG